AUGACGGCGAGAACCCUUGUUAGUGGAAGCAGUAACGCUGUGGUCAAGGUUUUGAAACUUGAUGAUCGCGAGAUCUGCUUGAACAAAGGUGACGUCAUUGGAAAAUGUGAAGAAGUUGUCUGGAUGAAAAAGUGUAGUUCGAUGACAGGCGCAGACUUGGCAAAGAGCAACAACUACGAAUUAGUGACUGAGCUACUCGAUGACUGCAAGAGUAAUCUUACUUAUUCGCAGAGCAUGAAAGCCAAGAAGUUUUUACAGCGCUACGCGAAUAUCUUCUCCAGUCACGAAGGGGACCUUGGAAGGACGUCGGUGGUCCAGCACAGAAUAGAUACCGGAAGCGAGAGACCAAUUCGUCAACGAGCAAGACGGAUACCAAUCGCAAAGGAAAAAGAAGUUGAAGGUUUAGUUGGAGAGGCUUGCUUAGUCUACUUAGAUGACGUCAUUAUUGUCGGCCGUGACUUCGAGGACCAUUUGCAAAACUUGGAGCGAGUUUUCGCUAAAAUAGAGGGGUCCAAAUUAAAGUUGAAACCCGAAAAAGUGUCGUUUAUUCAGAAAUAA